CGCAGUGCCCGCUGCUUCCCCGCCCGCUCCAACAUGCCCUCAGUGCGCCUGCCGCCGCGCCCCGGGCGCUAGACCGCGCGGCCGCCAUGGGGAAUGGGAUGAACAAGAUCCUGCCUGGCCUGUAUAUCGGCAACUUCAAAGAUGCCAGAGAUGCAGAGCAAUUGAGCAAGAACAAGGUGACACACAUUCUGUCUGUGCACGACAGCGCCCGGCCAACACUGGAGGGGGUUAAAUACCUGUGCAUUCCAGCAGCGGAUUCACCAUCUCAAAACCUGACAAGACAUUUCAAAGAAAGUAUUCAAUUCAUCCACGAGUGCCGCCUGCGAGGUGAGGGCUGCCUUGUUCACUGGGUUCUGCAGGGACUGUUGAGGUCACGACACAGAAACUCCUUUUCCAGCCUUCCUCCGAGAUCCCGUCAGAAUGUGGCCUCCGCCCAGUGUCCAUGCAGAACGCUGCUUCUCGCUGGGGAGUUUUGCUUGCACGUGUGGGUGUUCAGCAUUGCGUCACUGUCACACCAAAGUGACCGUUUCUUCUCAGUUUAUAGCCUGGCCGGCGUCUCCAGGAGCGUGACUCUGGUGGUUGCAUACAUCAUGACGGUCACCGACUUCGGCUGGGAAGAUGCCCUGCGCACUGUGCGUGCGGGCAGGUCCUGCGCAAACCCCAACCUGGGCUUCCAGAGGCAGCUCCAGGAGUUUGAGGAGCGCCAGGUCCAUCAGUUCCGCCAGUGGCUGAAGGAGGAGUACGGAGAGAGCCCUUUGCGGGAUGCAGAAGAAGCCAGAGGCAUUCUGGGUAAAUACAAAGAGCAGGGGCGCACGGAGCCCCCGCCUGGCGCCGGGCGCUGGGGUGGCCUCCCGGCCUCGCCUCCUCCGGCCUACGGCAGCUGCACCACGGAGACCUAGCCGAGCCCUCGGCGCCCCUGCCCGCGGACGGGAAGGGGUGUCCCGGUGGAUCCAGGCCCCCCCCCGAGACCCCAGCAGCCCCACCCCCAGCUCCUGCGCCGCCCAGACGCUGCUGCCUCACACCCGUGGGCAAGCUGGGGAGCGUGCACGCGCGCGCGUGUGUGUGAGUGAGUGAGCGUGAGUUCUGGAUGUGUGCGCUGCGGGAGCUGCCGUGAAAGCCACACUGCCGGCAUCGGCCGCACUGCCUUUCCCCGUGCGAGAUCCGCUGGAAGGCACUUGGAGGUGGCCGUGGAGGAGCCGCCGGGCCUGUGAGCGGGCAGCGGGGAGGCCUCAGGGUGGCCAAGGGGGCAGCAGGGGCCCCCUCCGCCUUCUGAGGGCAGCACUGGGCCCCGGGGCCCGGAGGUGGCCGAGCGGGCCCUCCUGCUGCAGCCGGCCCUGCUCAGCCCUGCCCUUCCGAGCCCGACUCGGUGUGUGCUCGCCUGAACCGCCGGCCCUUGGGCCGUGUGGGGAGCAGCCCAGACGCCCGCCCUCGGCUCGCCGUCCAGCUUCCCCUCCUCCCAGCCUCCCGCUGUUCUCGCUCUGGGGAACUCCUCGCGAGGCUUGCGUGCACCUUCGGGAUUUAGGAAGAAAGAGCAGUUGUUAGGCACUGUCACGGUUUGCGCUUAAAAAUACAUUUAAUGCGUGAGCACUUCUUAAGCACCUUCAUGUCUGCUGUGGAUUUGGGAUUUGAUCUCAGCUACCUCAUUAAAUGGUUUUUGAGAAAGUGUUUUUCAUUAUUCCAAUCAACUCUGCCUCACGGUUGAAAGCGUUUGGUCACGAUUGCUUUUGAAGCCAAAGGGAAAAGGAUCAUAUCAUUGGGCCACUCGAAGCUUCUGCUGCGGGCUUUGGGAGCGCUUUGUGGUGGGUAAAUACGACGUCAGGCCAAGCCAGCUGGCCAGGCUCCACACUCGUGCAGGCCCCAGAUGUGCAGCAAGAAAGGAAAGCGCAGCCGCGGAGCUCCUCACCUACAGCCAAGACAGUUUGCUCUAAAGUAAUGUUUUCCUUAAACCAAAAAGAAGUGUAAAUAUGUUAACGGAAGAAGUGUUUAGGAGUCAGCUUGAAGACUUAAAUGCGGGUACAAUGUGAACGCCUAGAUCUAUUCCUGUAACCUGAAAUGUUGUCCUAAUAUCGGUCGCCAGUAACGUUCUUUC